AAGCGCCGCGUCCUGAAUCACUUCCUAGUGGACAUUCAGUGACGUGCUUUGGUAUUGAGCUAGGGACUAUGUAGUGCGCUUAUGUAGGGGAGAAAGGAGCCGUUUGGGAUUUGACCAUAAAUAACGCCUAGCAGAAGUAAGGAGGUUUUUACCGUUAGCUUGCUCUGCUAAUGCGGCUGCAGCUUGUAGCCUGUAGCAGCUGGAGCUAGCAUCAGUGGAGAUUGUUUUGAUUGUGUGUUUGUUUGUUUUAAAUUCGCUUUGUAAAAAAGCAAACAAACAAAAACAAAACACGUCAAGUAAUGGACUCGGACGAGGGUUAUAACUAUGAGUUCGACGACGAGGAGGAGGAGGAGGAGGAGGAGGAGUGUAGCGAGGACAGCGCUGAGGAGGAAGCCGACGACGACGCGCUGGACCUCGGCGAAGUGGAGCUGGUGGAGCCGGAGGUGGCCGGAGGAGAGCGGGACGGCUGCGAGGAGACCGGCAGCAGCGGCGGAGGAGGCGGCGGAGGUGGAGGUGGAGGCCUCGGGGCCGGACGGGACGAAGAGGAUUACCGAUAUGAAGUGUUAACCGCCGAGCAGAUCCUCCAGCACAUGGUGGAGUGUAUCAGAGAGGUGAACGAGGUUAUACAGAACCCAGCUACUAUAACCAGAAUACUGCUCAGUCACUUCAACUGGGACAAAGAGAAGCUCAUGGAGAGGUACUUUGACGGGAAUCUGGAUAAAUUAUUCUCGGAGUGCCACGUCAUUAACCCCAGUAAGAAGGCGAGGACGAGACCGAUGAGCACGCGCUCGUCUAAUCAGGACAUGCAUUGCCAGAUCUGCUACCUGAACUAUCCCACUUCGUAUUUCACAGGUCUGGAGUGUGGACACAAAUUCUGCAUGCAGUGCUGGGGGGACUACCUGACCACCAAAAUUAUAGAAGAGGGGAUGGGUCAGACCAUCUCAUGUCCUGCUCACAACUGUGAUAUUUUGGUUGAUGACAACACUGUAAUGCGGUUGAUCACCGACUCAAAAGUGAAGCUGAAGUACCAACAUCUAAUCACGAAUAGUUUUGUAGAGUGUAAUAGACUUUUAAAAUGGUGUCCGGCUCCUGACUGCCAUCAUGUGGUUAAGGUCCAGUAUCCAGAUGCCAAACCAGUGCGCUGCAAAUGCGGGAGACAGUUCUGCUUCAAUUGUGGAGAGAACUGGCACGACCCAGUGAAGUGUAAGUGGUUGAGGAAAUGGAUUAAGAAAUGUGAUGACGACAGUGAAACAUCUAACUGGAUUGCAGCAAAUACCAAGGAGUGUCCCAAGUGCCAUGUGACCAUCGAAAAGGACGGCGGUUGUAACCACAUGGUUUGCCGUAACCAGAACUGUAAGGCGGAGUUCUGUUGGGUGUGUUUGGGUCCUUGGGAGCCUCACGGCUCGGCCUGGUACAACUGCAAUCGCUACAAUGAAGACGACGCAAAGGCGGCCCGAGACGCCCAAGAGCGUUCCCGUGCAGCACUGCAGCGUUACCUUUUCUACUGCAACCGCUACAUGAACCACAUGCAGAGCCUGCGCUUCGAGCACAAGCUGUACGCGCAGGUCAAGCAGAAGAUGGAGGAGAUGCAGCAGCACAACAUGUCGUGGAUCGAGGUGCAGUUCCUGAAGAAGGCCGUGGACGUGCUGUGCCAGUGCCGAUCCACACUCAUGUUCACCUACGUCUUUGCCUUCUACCUCAAGAAGAACAACCAGUCCAUCAUUUUCGAGAACAAUCAGGCUGACCUGGAGAACGCCACAGAGGUGCUGUCAGGCUAUCUGGAGCGAGACAUCUCCCAGGAUUCCUUGCAAGAUAUCAAACAGAAAGUCCAAGAUAAGUAUAGAUACUGCGAGAGUCGACGGCGAGUUCUGCUGCAGCACGUGCACGAGGGCUAUGAGAAGGACUUAUGGGAGUAUUUAGAGGACUGAGGAAGAUUCCUCGAAACAUAAACUCUCUGCGAGGAGGAUUCAGAAAACACUCUCGGCCAUCUCCACACAUCCUCUACAUACUGCAUCCUUUUUCAUGCCUGUUCUGUUUGUUUUUAUUGAGAUUCUAAAUUAAUUUUAUCCUAAUAAAAAGGUAGCUUUAUUAAAGACGAAACCCCAA